AUGGACCCCCCUUCAUAUGAGGAGGCCAGUCGCCAACCUCCUGCUCUGCCCAUUGCAGCUUUUAACGCUCCCCCGCCUGCCUAUGACGCCUCUCUCUCAUCCCCACCGACACCUCCUCCUGCCUACAGGGAAGCAGUUGGUGCUGCACCGCGGGUCAACAGCAGACAAACUCAGCCUAUAGCAGUAGUGAGCCAGCCGCAGCCUGUUCCCAUAGCGGUGGAAUAUCUGAGAGGCGCCCCUGGUUUGGUACGCUGCCCACACUGCAGUCAUCUUGUAACCAGUAAAGUCACACAUGUACCUGGGACAGCUGCUUGGUGCUGGUGUGUCAUUCUUGCAAUGGCAGGGCUCAUCUGCGGUUUCUGUCUCAUUCCAUUAAUGGUACGGGGAAUGCAAGACACACAUCACUCCUGCCCACAGUGUGGAAACGCUCUGCACGUGCACAAAAGAUGA